AGCUCUCCUGGCUGUCUGGCGGUAGCCAUGACCGCGCGCGGUACUCCAAGCCGCUUUCUGACCAGCGUCCUCCAUAAUGGGCUAGGUCGCUACGUGCAGCAGCUGCAGCGUCUCAGCCUCACCCUCAGUCGGGAUGCGCCCUCGUCCCGCGGCGCCAGGGAGUUCGUGGAACGCGAAGUGACGGACUUCGCCCGACGGAACCCAGGAGUCGUAAUAUACUUGAACCCUCGCCCGUGCGCUGUGCCGAGAAUAGUGGCCGAAUACCUUAACGGGGCUGUGCGCGAGGAAAAUGUCAACAGCAAGUCGGUGGAGGAGAUCACAUCGCUGGUGCAGAAGCUGGCAGACCAGUCCGGCUUGGAUGUGAUCCGCAUCCGCAAGCCCUUCCACACGGACAACCCUAGCAUCCAGGGCCAGUGGCACCCCUUCACCAACAAACGGACUACCUUCCACGGGCUGCGGCCCAGAGAACUCCAGGAUUCUGCUCCAGCUUCAAUAUGAGCACAGUAGAGAACCAGGCUUUGGACAGGCCGAGUAGGUGGAGCCUACCAGCGGGGGAGUGUCCUGGAAUAAAGAAGAGUUCCGGGGUUGGGGAUUUAGCUCAGUGGUAGAGCUGGGUUCGGUCCUCAGCUCCGGGGCGGGGGGGGGGGGGGGGGGGGGGGGAAGAAAAGAAAAGAAGAGUUCCAUUGCCCACGUCUACCCAGGUUUAGUGACCUUGGGGAUACCCUAAUUCUGAUUCAUGUGGCCUCCUUGCAAACUGAGAUGUGAGAAGUGUACAACACUUCAGGACCUUGUUUUCUGAAAUAUAAUGAUUUCAAAACACAGUGAAGGGUUGAAGGCUGUCUUCUGAAGGACAUGGGAUGUCCUGUUGCCCUUACUAUAGUAUGGCAUUGGGCAAAGCACCUCAUAUCCGUGUUUGUGUGCAGUUUGGGAAACCGAAGUCGAGCCUGGCAUUGGUGGUGCCAACAUUUGGUUGGCAGAGACAGGUAAAUCUCUAAGUUCAAGGCCAGCUUGGUCUACAGAGUGAGUUCCAGGACAACCAGAGCUACACAGAAAAACCCUGUUUCAAAGAAGAAAAAGAAAGGAAACCAAAGUCAUUUGUUGUUGUAAAAACAUAAAAAAUAAAAAAAAAGUAUGGCUGUCUUUUACCUCACUUGGUCCAAAAAACCCUGUCUCAAAGAAGAAAAAGAAAGAAAGGAAGCCGAAGUCAUUAAACUCACCUAAGACCAUA